AGAAGAAACCAUUCUGCUGAGUUCCUGUUCCAGUGGGUCACUAUUGCUGGAACGUUCCAGCCUCUGGGAAGGUCUGUGGAGGUGCCCAAGUGCCAGCCUGCUGGGAGCAUACUUGCAAGACGUUUCCAGAAGCUUCUGCUGCAGGUGGAGAAGUUCUUGUGAUCAGCAAACAUGCUGAGACAGAUACUGUCAGAUAUGUUCAUAGACCCCGACCUGCUGGCAGAGCUCAGCGAAGAGCAGAAACAGAUCUUGUUCUACAAGAUGAGGGAGGAACAGAUCCGACGAUGGAAAGAAAGAGAAGCAGCCAUGGAAAGAAAGGAGUCCUUGCCAGUGAAAUCCAGACCAAAGAAAGAGAAUGGCAAAUCUGUGCAUUGGAAGCUGGGCGCUGACAAGAAGGUGUGGGUUUGGGUGAUGGGUGAACACCAUCUAGACAAACCCUACGACGUGCUGUGUGAUGAGAUCCUUGCUGAGAGGGCUCAUCUUAGAGCAGUGCAGGACUCAAGGCUCAGGAAAGCUCUGGCUGAAGAAUCCACCAACAGCUUGGGAACAAAAUCACAAAACUGUGGUGAGCAAACACUAGGGAAGCUGGAGUCUCAGGAUGUCACUGGGAAAGCAGCUGCAGAGCAGGCAUCAGGGCCAGGACCCAGAGCAACACCAACCAAGAAUGAAGACAAAGCCCACACUAAAGAACCCGUAAAGAAAAAAGAAGACGAAGAAGUGAAACAAACAGAGGAUGAGAAAACCAAGCAGAUAUACAAGAGUUGGAAGGAGGAUUCAGAAUGGCAGGCAUCUUUGCGAAAAUCCAAGGCAGCUGAUGAGAAGCGACGGUCCUUAGCUAAACAAGCACGGGAAGACUACAAGAGGCUAUCCCAAAGGGGUAGGAGUGGAGAGGGACUACAGAACCCUCUAACUGGUCCACAGAAGCCCAGAAGACCGCCUCUUCCCCCGAAGCCCCAGUUCCUGUACCCACUAGGAAAUCCUCCGAAGUCUUUAGGGAAUCAGGGAGUGAUAAGGACAGAGUCCAGCUCCACCCAGGAAGACAUCAUCCGAUGGUUCAAAGAGGAACAAUUGCCAUUCCGUGCUGGUUACCAGAAAAACUCAGACACCAUUGCUCCCUGGUUCCAUGGGAUUCUCACACUAAAAAAAGCAAAUGAACUUCUGAGUACAGGUGUGCCUGGCAGUUUUCUGAUCCGAGUCAGUGAAAAGAUCAAGGGCUAUGCCCUGUCCUACCUGUCUGAGGAGGGCUGCAAACAUUUCCUCAUAGAUGCAUCUGCCGACUCUUACAGCUUCCUGGGUGUGGACCAGCUGCAGCAUGCCACCCUGGCAGAUUUGGUGGAAUAUCACAAGGAAGAGCCCAUAACCUCCCUGGGGAAGGAACUCUUGAUGUACCCCUGUGGUCAGCAAGACAAGCUACCUGACUACCUGGAGCUAUUUGAGUGACAGCUCUCAUCGACAUCAGCCUUCAGCCAGGUUCUCCUCUGGAGAGACACCUUUGAGGUGAACAGUUGCCUGUGAUGCCAAAAUCACUCUGUGACAGAGCCAAGAGUGAACAAUGUCUGUGAGGUUAAUUGAAACCUCAAUUCUGCAUAAAUGCUGGAGUUCAAGUCAAGAGAAUAUGACCUCUCCUCCAUCCUCAUUCUGAAAGGAAAAGGGAGAAGUGUAUCCAUUUCAGCAACAUUCUAAUAUGAAGUAUAGGACCUUGAAAGAUAUGACCGUAAUGCUGUAUAUAAGAUAAAUAACAAGGGUAAAUUGAAAUGUUUUUUUUUUUUAGCAGUUAAUGUGUUACUCAAAAAACAAAAAACAAAAACAAACAAAAAACAUGUGUGAACUGUUUUGUGAUCUACAUGUUACCUCUUUUGUAUCCAGUCAAAAGUCUCAGUCACCUGCUCAUAUGAACUUCCGUCUUAGCUUUAAAAUGCUAGAAAAAACAUCUUCUCUUGGGGCCAAGAUUAUCAUCAAAAGACAACUAUUUCUGUAUGUGUUGGAGCCAACAUUUAGGAGACAGAAAAGCAAGGCCCAAUUGGGAAUUGAAAGAGAAGUAUUAACAGCUGGGAUGAGAGAUGUAGCAUGUACAAACAACAACAACAACAACAACAAAACAACACACACAGUAACAGUAGGGAGUCACAUUGUAUAGCUUGUUCCCCAUUUUGCUUUGCCUCCUUUACCUUCAUCUGUGAAUAAAUAUAAAAGAUGCUGUGCAUGGCCAUGUAAGGAAUGAUGUAUUCAUGCUACAAAGAGCAGAACAGAGUGAGUGGUUUGAAUACCAGCUAUUGAGAGUUAAUGGUGUCCCACACCAAAGAUACAUGAAGUACUUACCUCCCUGUACAUGUUGUGAUCAGAUAUAAAAAUAGGGUCUUUGCAGGUAAGUGAAGUAGGGUAGCCCUGACUCUAAAGACUGGUAUCUGUACAAGGAAGAGAGAUUUAGAAAUAGACAUAGAAAGAUGAAGACUAAGGGACCACAGAAACAGAGUGAGUGAUGCAGCUGUGAUCAGGGGAAGCCAAGAAUUAUGGAAGACAACAGUACUCGGGGCUAGAUUCUCCCUGAAACUCUAUACUUAUGCUUAUCCACACCAUUAUUUGCGCCUUGUAGCUUUUAGAACUGUGACAUAAUAAAUGUCAAAGUAACUGAAUAUAUGGUAACUUUUUACAUAUCUCUCAGAAAAAUAGUGCAAGAGUUUAUGUAAUCACAGAUCCCACACAUGUUUCAUGGACUUGUUUCCUGUUACAGUUUGCACCCUCACAAUGAAAUAAAACUUGGAUAUGGGAAAAACA